AUGGCUUCUAUGACGUCGUAUUGGUGCUACCAGUGCACCGUAACCAUUUCCCUCGCUUCCGAUGGCGCUAUCGUCUGCCCCCACUGCCACGGCGGAUUCGUACAAGCCGUGGACCCUUCGAAUUUCUCCCUGCAUCCGGCGGCGGCCAGCGGCCGCCGCCGCCACCGCCGUCGGAACGAUUCGUCCUUCAAUCCCGUAAUCGCCCUCCGCCCGCCCGCCGGCGGAGCCGCCCAGAGGACCUUCGAUUUGUACUACGACGGCGGAUCGGGCCAAGGUCUACGCCCGCUGCCUCCCGCCAUGUCCGAGACCCUGCUUGGAUCCGGAUUCGAUCUGAUGCUCGACCGCCUCUCGCAGAUCGGGUUCAGCCUCUGGGCCCAACCGGAGAAUCCCCCGGCCAGCAAGAGCGCAGUCGCGUCGCUGCCGGCGGUGCGGAUCUCGGCCGGCCAGGUAGACGCCGACUCGCGGUGCGCCGUGUGCACGGACGCCUUCGCGCUCGGGUCGGAGGCCCGCGAGAUGCCCUGCAAGCACAUCUACCACCCGGACUGCAUCCUCCCGUGGCUCGACCGCCACAGCUCCUGCCCGAUCUGCCGGCGAGAGCUCCCUAGCGACGCGGCGGGGGGUGCGACCGAGGCGGCGGCGGGGCUGUCGAUAUGGAGGCUGCCCGGCGGCGGCUUCGCGGUGGGGAGGUUCGCCGGGGGAGGGGACGGGGCGAUGCCGGCGGUUUACUCGGAGUUGGACGAGAGCCCGAGCGGCCUCAGCGGCGGCGAGGAGUACGGGGAGAUCGAGUGGGUUCCGUGGGUCGGGCGGCGGAGGAGCGGCUGGCGGAGGCUUUUGGGCUCGGUGUUCAGGCGGGCUGGACAGGCCGGGCGGGCGGGUGUUUCAGGUUCGAAUGCGGGUUCGGGGCUGUCGAUUUUCAGUAGGUACAUGUUGAGGAGGAAUAGGGGCGGAAUCCGGGGCGGUAGGGUCGGAGGGCAGGAUGGUCAUUCGGCUGCUUUUUAG